AUGUCACCAACAAUCCUCCGAGCAAGGUACACAGAAACCACCCCUUCAGAAACCUUUCCCGCGCCAUCAAACAACAAUGUAUCUUGGCACACCCUAAUCUCAGCCCCGCAAACAGAUACAACAGAUUUAAGUGCAGGGAUAGCGAUCUGCCCACCCCAAACAGGUCGUCUGUGUCCGCAUCGCCACGACCAAGCCGAGAUUUAUCAUAUUCUCGAGGGGGAAGGCGAUAUGACUGUUGACGGCGUGACCACCAAGGUGCAAGCCGGGUGCACUGUCUUCAUUCCACGAAAUGCCGAGCAUGGGAUUGUCAAUACCGGUGACGAGGUGUUAAGAUGGUUCUAUGUCUUUGCUGUGGGGUCGUUUGGGGAGAUUGUUUAUCGGUUUUCGGGGGAGGCGGGGGGGAAGGCCAAGUUGUGA